UUAAAAAAAAACCGGAUUAAGUAAAAUACAGAUAGAUACCUGUACCUUCUACCAAAAGAAACAAAUACAGCUAGUAUUGUAAAGAGAUCACAAAGUUGUAGUAAACUAGAAAUAUGUUCACGAAAGAGAAAUUAAAAGAUCUGGCUCCCAUCGCCAUUCCCCAUGGCCCACCGGUGGAGGCUGUUGAUGAAUACUUCAAGUCGAAGAUGGAAAGCGGGAAUAUGGUUAAAAAAUAUCCAGUAUGGGACGUGGCCCGUCCCACGCCUCAAGUCCUCAUGGAGCAGGCGCGACGAGACCUCAUGGACGCCGAAGAGAAGCUCGCUGAAAAGCGCGAGGAAGAGAAGAGGAACCGUCUCAUCAUGGACGAGAAGUGGAAGGACUUGAGGGAAAAAGAACUACUGUUGAAGGAGUCUUUUAUCAGCUUCAAUAAGUUCAUUAGAGAAAACCAAGAAAAACGUGAUCGUGCAGAACGCAAGAUGGAGGCGGAUACUGAAGUUCUGGAGCGUAAGACAAAAGAGACGGAAGCCAUGAGGCAGCGUGUCGCUGAGAUGGAAGAAGUGAAGCAGCUAAUGGAGCAGCAAGUCAAGGAAUAUACUAUUUACGAGGACUACCUCAUGUCAAUCGUGCACGCGUACCCAGAAUUCAAGCAACCUCUGGAUGUUUUGAAUCGCUAUGAAGCAUUAGCUGCCGCCAAAAGCACGUUGGCUGAUCGUCAAGAGCGAGAUCUGGAGAUGUUGGAAAACGCUCGUCAGGAGAUUGCAGCUCUCACCGAGGAGAAGAAGCUCUUCAUCAUGGGGCUGAAUAACACGCUCGCUAAUCUGAGAUGGCGCUAUGAUAAAGUAAGGAACCGGGUAAUCAAAUGGGAGCUAGCACUCAACCGUCUCAAAGAAACAGCUGCCAAACGCCACGUGGAAUUAUGUCAUGUCCGUUCAGCGAUAUGGAGUCUCUAUGUGAAGAUAUGCAAGCACAAGGGUCUGACUGUUAACAUAAAGAAGAGUGAUUUCGAACAGCAAUUGGUUGUGAUAAUGAGAGCAUUGCUGGAGUUGAGGAGAAUUUAUAGAAUCGCGCAGAGGCGAUCCAAGGAGAAAGAGGCGGAAUCGGGCCAAAUUUAAUAAUUAAA